CAGCUGGACCAUCAACUCUAGAAGACGACACACCGUCUUCCUCCGAUGACGAGUUUUAGCUUAGUUUAGCGAUCACGAUCAUGGAUUUCAUGGAUUCAGAAACACAAACACCUGAUGAUUUACCACAACUGGAAGCGGAUCACAACAUGCCUCCUCCACUUGCUCCAGAAUGUAAAAGCUACAAAUGGAAAUGAAAAAACUAAGAUGCGGAUGGAAAUAUAGAAGGUAAACUCAUAGCAGCUAAAGAUGUCUGGAAGUUGGAAGACAACCAAGUUAUUGUGCAUUUCGGUGAAGAUACCAGUCAACCAAUUGGAGAUUCUGGAGGUUUACUUGGAUCAUGGUUAGGUCAAUUAAGUACCGAUGUGCGAUUGCUACCCGUUGACUACUCUGAUUGGAGGUUGGUUAAUCCUCUUAUAAAAGAAAAGGCAUGGGAACUGAUCCAGUCCAAAUUCAGUUUUGAUGAUCCUAUGAUGAGAAAACAAUAUGUAAUGAGUGCACUGGGUAACCGAUGCAAGGAUGUCAAAUUACGUAUUUGGAGAGACUACAAAAAAAAUGAUUUGAAUGAGACGUUGCAGAAUCGACCCGAAAACAUUCCUGAAAAUCAAUGGUAUCAUUUCGUUCACAAGAGGUUUACUGAAAAGUGGAAGAAAAUGCAAGAGCGUAAUACAAAGAACCAAAGAAAAAAUACCAUGCCUCACUUGUGCGGAAGAAAGAGUUUUUCAAGAAAAAGAAAUGAGAUUAAAGUCAAGAAUGGAAAAACGCCAUGUCGAGCAGAGUUUUUCAUUGAGACUCGCAAGAAACCUGAUGGAAGCUUUGUGUGUGAGGAGGCGAAAACACGCGCGGAAGCACUUACAACAUUAAUGGAGCAAAAUCCUCAAGUCACGAGCAAUGUUCCAGCUAGAAAUGAUGAUGAAUAUGCUCAAGUGUUUGGACCUGAGCGUCCAGGACGAGUACGUUGUGUUGGUCGUGGACCCACACCAUCAAAACUGGUGAAACGCUCGACCGCAACAAGACAAGAGAUAGAAAAUUCUGAAACAGUCAUCCAGCUGAGGGCACAGUUGAAAACAUUAGCUGAGCAAGUUAAUGGAAUGUCUACAUUCGUUCGACAAAUACUUGGUCCUUCGAAUGGUGAACAGGUAAGUGUAUGGGCUGCAAAUUUUGCAGCAGCUUUUGCAAACAUACCAAAUCCAGCAUUUGUUAACAUUCCAAAUCUACAGAAUUCUAGGGAAAUUGAUGAUGAUGCCAAUGAUAAACGCUAG